CACCUUUUUGAUCUGAACGCCGCGGUCGACUAUCAACAAAUUUCCUAACGUCAAGCGAUAAAUCAUAUCCACUACCAACACAACUACUUGCCUGUAGGCAUUAUUUCUUGCAGCUUAGGCGCAAUAUACCGAUCGAACCGCAACGGCAUUGUAAGCUGGGGGUUGUGUAUUCCAGUACUUCGCAGCAACAAAAAUUAUUGGAGAGAUCCAAAUAAUCUGGUAUURUUUCUCGUUCGCCAACAAAAUUUUGGUAUUGGAACGAAAGAGGACAGCGAUGAAUCGAUAAGAUGUCGACGGUACAUUCGAGCCCGAUGGCGAAGUCAUCAGUGCCACAACGACGGGAUCGCCCAACAACGAAUGGCAUGAGUAGAGGCAGCAACCUCAAGACGAAUAGACAACAACCAGCAAUGCAAUACCCAAAAACACAAAGCCAGCAACCGCAACGCAAUUCCCCGCGCCAGAAAUUCCAUAGCCAAGUGAGACCGUUGAAGCAAGGACGAAGUACAAAUAGGAGACCAAGAAUCAAUGCAGCAGGUAGAACGAAUCGCUACCGAUCGCGAGCGAACAUGAGCAUGGAUACUAUACCGGAGGAAAACCCGAAAAGGAAAAAGAAGAAAUACCGAAAGAAGAAAGUUUUGAGGGCGUGGGUCCUUCCAGCAGUAUUUUUAAGUUGUCUUUGUAUCAUUUGGUUGGAGCAUUACAUUGGAAAGCUCAUAGGGCUCGAGGACUUCCGAGAGGUCUACCAGGAUCAGCUUAUUGAUCCUUUGGACAGACUAGCACAGGAUUUGGAUGUCUUGCGAGCGCAAGAAACGAGUAUUAUCGGGAAUCCCAUUUCCACCAGAGUCGUUGCUAAUAUUUCGUUCACACCUCGGGAUGGAAAUUGUCCGAAGGGACAACGAAGAAUGAUCAACAUCCAUAAUCCCAUGUCGCAUUCUGUUCGCGGGAGACUCAUUCCCAAGAUAGUACACCAGCAGGCGAAAACUAGGUGUCUGACAAUGCGAGUCGAUCGAGCCACGAUCAAGUGGGCCUUCCGACGGGUAAGAAUAAAAAUGCAUAUAUCGAUUCUUCGCCUAUCGUCGUAUGAAACUACGUCUCAAGUGGAUGCUCUGUUUUGCUUUUGUAGAUGUAUUAAGCUCACAGUUCCGAACCUACCUAUUCUUCGAUACCCUUGUGUUGAUAGUGGAGCUACUACAUCCACGACGAAGAGUCUAGAAGUCGAUUGUUCGAGAGGCAUUGCGGGAGCUCAUCGCGGAAAUGCGAGUUUCCGCUUUUGAAACAGAUUAUUUCCGAUUGUUUCGAGAAGAAUCGAGAGCGGCCCCGAUACCGUUCCUUGAGUAUCGAACUAUGGAAAUUCCUCAUUGUAAGUCCAUUGAUUGUUGUUCCGAGAAGAGAAUGAAUGUUGCCGUUCCUCCUUUUUUAUAUUUAUCUGUGUUUCGUUUGUUGUUUUUCGUAUGAUUCUUUUUAUUCCCAACGCACCAAACUAGCUAUGGGUUUUUGGCGGUGUYUAUGUCGAGCUAGGCUUCAAUCCCGUGACGUUUACUCCAUUAACCAUCCAGGACGAGGACGACGGAUUCCUUAUGAUCGACCCGCACACGGGAAAGCUGACUACGAAGAUAAUGGCUGUGUCACCAAAACACCCGAUMAUGUAUUAUGCCGUUCAAAUCCUCUUGCUGAUGAUCCUCUUGGGAGAAUCAUCGUCGUCGUCGCCAUCGUCRUCUUUUCUCGCAGGGACCACAAUCGACAACGCUGGUUCACACGCACUCAGUCGAGCCUUUCGGAUGUUUCAGGAAGGGCGAGAGGAAGAAAUAGGCCGCGAUACGUAUUUUUUCCCCGGAGUGUUCGAGGGUGUUUUCAACCGCACAGUUCGUGUGGUGGUUGGCAACGGGAUCAAUACCUUCAAUACAACUGAUGGAAGCARCAAACCAAACAACGAUGAUUAUGUGGUCUCGAUAUUCCGCAGCGACGAYGAAAAAGAACGAGAGUUUAGAAAAAUGGGAAUGAUGGAUGUUGCAGAAGCGAACAAMGACGAAGAKGACUCGGCGGAAUUGUUGCCAUGUCUUGUCGAGCUGCACCGUACACCAGACAUUUCUCUCMUAUGAAUCAAACUAGUGAACGGAUACUUAYUCUUGAG